AUGAUUGACAUCCAAGCCUGGGCUCAGUACAUUGUGGAGUGGGCCGCCAAAGACCCCUACGGCUUCCUGACCACGGUGUUGCUGGCGCUCACGCCCCUCUUCAUCGCCUGCGCAAUGUUGUCGUGGAAACUGGCCAAGAUGAUCGAGGCUCGUGACAAGGAGCAGAAGAAGAAGCAGCGGCGGCAGGAAAACCUGGCUAAAGCCAAGUGGAACUAA